AUGAAAGAGUUGGAGAAGAGAUUGAAUGGUGUUAAACUCAGAGGGGAGACUAUAAAGGUAAACCUUGCCUUAGACAAGAAAGGAUCCGCCAAGCCUCCAAACCUACCAGUGGCGGAAGUAACUUCACUAGAUCAUCUAGGGCAUCUCCCUAAACUUAUCCUAGCCAAAGGCGAAACCGAUAUUAAGAUAAAAUACAUCAGUGGUCUAAAGGUACUUAUCAUCUUUGAUCAUUCUAGGUGCACCAAGGAGUUUAAAGAGGAUGACAACAGGUGGAAAGAACACUUAAAAUGGUUGAGUUGGGCAGAUAAGAUAGAGACUCAUGCAGAGGGGGUGGCAUGGAUCAAAAUCGUGGGACCCCCUUUAUUCUUAUGGGGCCAGCCUAACUUUGAGAAGAUCACAAAAACACUUGGGAAAAUUAUAGCACUAUUCGAUGAUAUUCCAAAUAGACUGGACCUAUCACAUGUCAAGAUCGGAAUUCUUACCACUAGAAGGGCUAUCAUAAACGAGGAGAUCCAUAUCUCACAGGAAGGGAAGGUGUUUAAGCUAGGAAUCGUAGAAUUCAACAAAAAUUGGUUCCCUUUCAUAUUUGACCCGUCAGAAGAUUACUAUGAAGAUAGUAAUCUCCUAGAGAACAAUGAGACCCCUGUAGGUGAGGUAGCAAAGAAUGUCAAUGACAUCCAAAUAACGGAAAUGAACGAGGAAAUGGAAGAGGGUGAAAUAUGGAUUAAAACAUAA